AUGAAUACGCCAAACGAUGAAUCGACAAAUUUGAAUUUGAUCUCAGAAGAAGAGAUAAAUGAAAGAAACAUCGAAUUAACUAUAAUUACUAUAGAAAAUAUUAUAAGAAAUGAAGAUACAAAUGUGAUCUUUUCUGUGGAACAUAAUUCAAAUAUAUUCGGAGAAAGUAAACCAAUUAAAAUCGAAGCUGGUAUCAAAGAACCACCACCCGUAUACGAUGUUAAUUUUUCUGUCCAAAUUCCAAUAUCCCUUUACGAUCGAAAUAGCAUUGAUCGUGUAGUUUCCAUUCCAGUAUUAAUUACAGUAUCAAACGUCGACAAAGACGAAAGUGUUACACCCACUGCUUUGGAUACUGGAAGGACAAAAAAAUCUCGAAUUCCUCCUAAAAAGGAAUUUAAAUUGAAAAUUAUUGGAUUGUGCAAUGUCGAUCUUAUGCCAAUUUUAUUAGGAGAGAAUUUAUUUAUUGAAAAAUUAGUCCUAGAAACAGCACAAUUUACAUUCGAUGGCAAUGCUGUGUCGUGGCCUAAUCUUCCACGUUUAACGGUCAAGAUCAAGCAAAAGAAAAAACUAUUUUUUCCUUCUGAUUUGAAAUUUAAUUUUCUAAAUAUCACCGUAGAAAGUAUUUUUAAUCCACCAUCUUCGUUCACUGAUAAAAUGGAUUACACAGCUGGUACUUUUAUUUAUGGUGACCAAGAAGAUCCAGAAACAAUAACAUACGAUGGUGGAAAAUUGAUCCAUGGUCGAGAUAUAGAAAAAAGUAAAUGUUGGAAACCUUUGUCCCAUUUGCAAAGUCGCGCCAAAUUGUCGAAAUACAAACUAGCUUGUAAUUACAACGAUAUAAAGAAUACCCUUAAGGAGGAAUUAAAAUUGCAGGAUAUAAUGGAGAAAAAUACAUCGAGAAUACAAUGGAAUACUAUGAGUCGUCACAUAUUGCAAAAGGAUGAUAUUAGAAAAUUUCAAAAUCAAAUUUCCAAAUAUAUAUAUAUAUAUAUAUAUAUAUAUAUAUAUAUAUAUUUUCUUUUUCUUUUAUGUAGAUAUAAAUAUUGGCCAUUUCAAUUCAUGAUAAGAGAAACACAAAACGAUAAGGUCAAAGCAAAGUCUACACAAGUGUCUAAGAUUUAUCAAUGUUACGUUGAUUUAAGUGAACUAUUAUUUCCUGGACGAAGAAAAACUCGAAUUGCAUCGCAAUUAUAUACCUUUAAUGCAACUGACCUUAUGGAAAAAACAGGAUUUGAGAAAGCUAUUUUUUUAAUAGACACUCAAAUGAAAGAGCCCAAAGAAAAAGAUAAACGGGGGAAAACUUCGACGAAAAAUACAUCGAUAAUAACAGAAGUGGAAACACUUGCGAGUGAACCAGUAAUUACAGAGACCAAUGAACCCGUAUUUGUUAUAAUCGAGAUUGAAAUUUAUCAUCCACUUGUUGCUUGUCGAUUAGAUAAAGAUUUUUCUAAUUUGAUCCAUGAAUUGACAACAGCAACAGAUAAAAAACCAUAUUAUCCAUAUUCCGGAGAUUUGGCUGAGAAUCAAUAUACGAAAUGCAUCGAAACUUUAAUUAAAAUUAUGACAGAAAAUUAUAGAGACGAAUUAACAUGUUUCAUUCAGUACUUAUAUAAAACCGGAAUUUAUAUAUCCAUACGUAAUGCAUUAAAGACGAAGAUUACUUUACUUUUGGAUCAGAAAUUUGAAAUGCCCUCGUAUACUUUAGAUUCCUCUAAGGGACAGGUAUCGAUAUCGAUUUUUUUCAUAAUCGAUGUUUUCAUUAUCGAUUUAAGAUCAUAUAUAUAUAUAUAUAUGUGUGUACAAACGUUAUAUGAUCGUUUCUUUAUUAGAAUUUUAUAGUGACCGUGUACUUAUUUGGUCGAACUUAUGCACACGAUCGUUAACAAAACAAUCGAAACAAAUUUUUGGAAAGAUCCAACGUCGAUCGUUUCUGAUUCAAAUAGAUUAUAUUUCUAUGCCGAUGAAGCUUAUGAAUCAGGUCACAUUGAAGAAGCAAGAAAAUAUUAUACUACCAUUAUCGAUAAAGAAAAAAAUAAUCCUACUGCGUGGAUCAAUUACGCAAUAUUUUUAUUAACGAUAGGAGAUAAAGAACGUGCCGAGGAAUGUUGCCAAGAAGCGAUACUUUUAAAUAAUCGUCACAGAAUUGCGCUAUUAAUCUAUGCAGCAAUUUUAAUGGAAAAAAGAUACUAUCGAGAAGCUGAAAUUUUUUUCCGUAGUAUUAUUGAUUUUUAUCCACGAUUUGCCGAAGGAUGGACGAUAUUGAAUUUAUUUUACAUUCGUAUCGAUUAUUAUCCAGGAAUAGACAUUGCGAUUCGAAUAGCAAAGGAAUGCAUGGAAGACAAAGAUCGAGAUACAGAGAUCGAUGAUCGAGAACCUAUUGCGUGGUCGAUGAUCCAUUGUCCACGAGAUAGUAUAUACAUGGUGACAACGACGUUCUUGCUUAAAUUACAUCUCUACGAUCUGGCAGGUAUAGCAUUGGCACAAGAAAUGUCCCUGACAGGUAGAUCAACAUAUUUAUUAUAUUAUAUGGCAGUGCAACAUUAUCUCUUACACAGAUACGACGAUGCUUUAUCUCAUUUGAAGGAAGCCCAAUGUCAAUAUGGAAUGGAUUAUUCGAUAAGUUGUUUGAUGGGACAUUGUUAUUUCCAACAAGGUGAUCUCGAAGAAGCCAUAAAGUAUUAUGAAUUUGCUAAUAUGGUCUUUAACAGACCAGAUGAUAUAUAUCUUUUGCGAUUAAGGGUGGGACUAUGUUAUGAAAAUAAGAAGGAUUAUGAAAAAGCAAAGAAAGUAUUUUUAAAUGCCUGUCAAUUUUCACCGACGAGUCAAAGCUGGCUUCAUGCUGGAAUUUCAUUUUAUGAACUGAACCAAUUAAAGGAAGCUGAAGUAGCUUUGAUAGAAGCAAACAAGAUUGAUAAUUGCAAUCCAGAUGUUUGGGGAUAUUUGUGCUUAUUGAAUCUUUCUCUUAACCGAUAUGAAGAAUUUGCACAAUGUUAUAGACAAGCUGUCAAGUAUAACCUUAAAAAUGAAAAAUUAUUGAAUGCGAUAAAAGAAUCUAUGGAACAGUUGAAUUAUGAAGUAGAAAUUUUUCAAGUUACCUAAAAUGUUAUAAAGUGUGAAAUAGUAAAGUUUAGGAACAAAGAGAUCAUUAAUAUAUCUUCAUAAUUCAGGAUGAAAGGAAAUGCAUUAUUUUUCUAAUGUUUAGGGCAUAAUAAAUGUAGAGUGCUAUGUUCAAUCUAUGUCAUAUAUAUUUGAAAGCAUCUAAGAAACUUAAAAAUUAAUAAAUGUAUAUAAUGGAACAUAAACUUCGGUAAUAAAAACAAAUAAUAAAUUGGAAAUAAAUACAAAUAAACUAUAAAAUAAAAUAACAAUAAUUAUUAUUAUUCAGUUAAAAUAAAAUGAUUAUAGUUUGGCAUUGGCGUUAAUCCAAAUGAAAAACUUUCGCGAUAGACUAAUCCCAGUUUAUAUCGGUAUGGGGGUGACUUAAUUUUAUUUAAUUUGCUGAUUCUAAAAGCGAAUUAUAAAAAUAUUUUUCGAUCAUCUACUAAAAUACACAAAAAUAUUAUCAUUUUCUGAUCUACAUAUGAUGCAACAUCAGCAAGUUAAAUUUAU